AUGUCGUCCAUCGGUACGGGCAAUAUCACAGAGUUUCAAGAGACCUACCAUAUACUUAGUCCCGAUAACAACAGUGUAUUGUAUUUCGCACGAGACAGUACAAAUACACAUCCCAGCGAAUCUCUAGCGGGACGAGACCUCAACAGUAUUACCUGUAAUGGAAUAUCUAGCCUGCUCACUGACGGAACUCGCAUGGAAUUCGACUACCAAGACGAAGAAGAUGUUACCUGUAUCUCGAGUCCCGAUGUUACAUGUUUCGCGAGUCCUGGUACCCGAGGUUCUCCUGCUCCUGGUGAUGAAAGCCCACCGACGCCGUCUCCUACUGAGUAUGUUACCGUCAUAUUUGGGGACGAUCCGGUUGAAAACGAAGCGUCAAUCUCGUCGGCUCUCAAUAUAUUGUCCGCAAUGGCUAAUGAACCGAUUGAAAAGCUUACGGAGAGCGACGCAAGCCACACCGAGAAUAGCAACCAGCGGAAUUUUGUUGAAAUGAUGGGAAGCGAACUUCCUAGCCCCUGUUUAGAAUUUAACAGACAUACCGUUGAUACACCACAUUUGACGGAUACAAACAGAGACCUUACAAAAUUCGUAGAGUCGGAAAUGCAACUUGACAAUAUUGUGACUCUUUUAGGUGAAGACGGUGACGAUAUUAGUCAGGGUGUAUCCCAAGUAAGUGCUGUAACGGGCAGCAGUCAAAACAACUUUGUAGAACCAGAAAAUCCUUUAGAACAUAUCGUAUCUCUUCUUGAAGCGAAUGAAAAAGAAACGCAUAUACCGGACGCGUAUGGAGAGCAUGAUAAUGUUGUUGAAACGGAGCUACCACUGGAGAGCAUAGUCUCCCUUUUACAACAUAAAAAUAACCAAACUAUUUCUAUUGCAGGCGGUGGCCAAACUAUAUGUGUAGAAUCAGAAAUUCAACUUGAUAAUGUAAAUGUGGUCUCUCCAAUACAACAGGUAGUAGAGCUACCGAGUUCAAUCGGUCCUACAGAAUCGAUUGAAACACACGUGACUCGUGUCAACAAAAACAUGACAAUGUUUGUUAAUGAACAUAAUAAAGUAGUAUCAUCGGUAUCAAUGCAAACCUCCAAGAACAUUGUAGAUUUGAAUACAAAUAUAUUCAACCAAGAUGUACCACCAUUUACGAGUAGGUUGGACAGAGAUCAGAAUUCCGUCGUAAAUCCACUCAGAAAUGCAUUGUUUUCUAUAGCAGAAGCUAAUGAACCCAAGCAGGUUACGUCGUCGGUCACAAAAUCUCUCGCCGACGAUCCAACAGGCACCGCAGUGACAGAAUGUAGGAACGGUGAAUUCAGCAAGGAUACGCUGCCAUCUACUGAUGCAGCGUCCAAUGACGGAGAACCAGAGAGCACCACUGAUACCUGGAUACAACCAAACAAUGUAUAUUCUCCGAUAACACCGAUUAGUAACGAAUUCGACCAGUCAGACUCACCGUUAACGACAGUAGGCGAUACAGAAAUAAACCACAACAAGACAUCCGAAACAGGGGAACAAAACAGCUGUAUAUUUCAAUUCACAGAAUUAAACGACAGUGAAGCCAAACGGGUUGUUUCGCCAGUGACAACUACAAUGGACACAGAAAUAAAUCCAGUUAACUUCAAAAAUUCACAAACACAAGUUGACAAUACACCGAUAGUAUCGAAUCAUAAUAAAGCAGACCAUCCCGUGUCACAGUUGACGCCUAAAAUCACAGGCACUUACGACAAGAAUUCGAAGGUGGUGGAUGGUACACUUUCUCCCAAAGCUGACCAAAUAGUAUCGCCAUUGCCGCAUGUCCACGAAAACUCAAAACACUCUGGAGCGUCUGAGAUUCUACUAAACAGUCCUGUACAAUCGAAUAGCAACAACAUUGACUCUAUAUCGCUGUCACCAUUGAACUCUACAGUGGUCGUGGACGGAAACCCUUCAUACGACCCAUAUACGGGAAAACGGCCAGGGAGUAUCACGACUUACAACAAGGCUAUAUUUCAUGACACUGACAGUAGAUCGAAGUACGACAUAUAUGAAAAUACAUUGCCUGAUAAUAUAUUUGCCUCUCAGGAAGAGCUUGAGUCAAAUGGCAGUCACGAAAGCGACCAUGAUGCGUUGCCAUUGACAAGCACAGUAACUGAGCCAGAUGAACAACUCGAAAAUAUAUGUUCCCUCCGAAAAUCGAAUGACAGUUUUGAAAGCGACCACGAUGCGUUGCCAUUGACAACCACAGUAAUUGAGCCAGACAAACAACUCGAAAAUAUACGUUCCCUCCCGAAAUCGAAUGACAGUUUGGAAAGCGACCACGGUGCGUUGCCAUUGACAACCACAGUAAAUGAGCCAGACAAACAACUCGAAAAUAUAUGUUCCCUCCCAAAAUCGAAUGACAGUUUGGAAAGCGACCACGAUGCGUUGCCAUUGACAACCAUAGUAAUUGAGCCAGACAAACAACUCGAUAAUAUACGUUCCUUCCCGAAAUCGAAUGACAAUUUGGAAAGCGACCACGGUGCGUUGCCAUUGACAACCACAGUAAAUGAGCCAGACAAACAACUCGAAAAUAUAUGUUUCCCCCCAAAAUCGAAUGACAGUUUGGAAAACGACCACGAUGCGUUGCCAUUGACAACCACAGUAAAUGAGCCAGAUGAACAACUCGAAAAUAUAUGUUCUCUCCCAAAAUCGAAUGCCAGUUGUGAAAGCGACCGCGAUGCGUUGCCACUGACAACCACAGUAAUUGAGCCAGACAAACAACUUGAAAAUAUAUGUUCUCUCCCAAAAUCGAAUGACAGUUUUGCAAGCGACCGCGAUGCGUUGCCAUUGACAACCGCAGUAACUGAGCCAGACAAACAACUCGAAAAUGUAUGUUCCCUUCCAAAAUCGAAUGACAGUUUUGAAAGCGAACACGAUGCGUUGCCAUUGACAACCACAGUAAUUGAGCCAGACAAACAACUCGAAAAUAUAUGUUCCCUCCCAAAAUCGAAUGACAGUUUUAAAGGCGAACACGAUGCGUUGCCAUUGACAACCACGGUAACUGAGCCAGACAAACAACUCGAAACUAUAUGUUCCCUCCCAAAAUCGAAUGACAGUUAUGAACAUGGUCAUAAUGCGUUGCCAUUGACAACCAAAGUAACUGAGGCUGGUAAGCUGAAAAAAAUCACUGACACAGAAACAGAACGAGAAAAUAUAUGUGCCCCCAAACGAUCGAAUGAAAAUUGUGAAAUCGACCAUGAUGCGUUGUCAUUGGCAACUGCUGCAAUAGAGACUGGGGAACCAAAAAACAUCACAGAUUCAGAUAAACUACUUGAUAAUACAUCUACACAAAAAGAAUUGAAUGAAAUUUGUGUAACCGACCACGAUGCGUUGUCAUUGGGAACUUCUGCAAUAGAGACUGGGGAACCAAAAAACAUCACAGAUUCAGAUAAACUACUUGAUAAUACUUCUACACAAAAAGAAUUGAAUGACAAUUGUGAAACCGACCACGAUGCGUUGUCAUUGGCAACUACAGUAACAAAGACUGGAGAACCGAAAAAACCCACAGACACAGAGCUGCGACUAGGUCAUAUGCCUCCUCAAAAUGAAUCUAAUGAAAGUUGUGAAACUGACCAGGAUGCAAUGUCAUUGGCAACUGCAGCAACAGAGACUGGAGAAACGAAGAACAUCAUAGACACAGAACUACAACUCGAAAAUGUAUUUCCCCGAAAAGAAUUGAAUGCAAUCGACCAGGCUGAGUCGCAAUUGAUCGCUUCAGUAAGUGCUGACAGAGAACCAAACAUUAUCACGGAACCAGGGACAACACAUAAUACAGUUUCACCGAUAUCAUUGACUGGAUCCGACAAUGUGUCAGCGCUAUUACCUACUACGCAGGGUAUGGACAAAAACACUGUCGCAAAUACUUGUACUGGGUUAACCCUCAACUGUUACAGUAACAUUUUCUCAAUAGAUUUUGAAAAUGACUUCCAGCACACUGCCUCGCCACUAAUGGAUGCAACGGUCGAUCGUAGCGGCAAAACUCCUGAUUCACGGACACAAAUUGACGACCCGUCCAUUACAAUUGAAAACACUGAAAUCGCGAACUCGCUGUCACCAUUAUCAAACAUGAACUCACCUCUCGUAAAUUCUGAAUUGCAACUAGACGCUACGUAUUCAUCAAUACAGUUUAGUGAUGAUGACGACGAUGGAUUAAUAACACCGCUGUCAAGUGCAUCUUCCGAAAAUGGCGACCCAGCGGACUCUCAGACUUCAACGAUGCAUCUCAACACAUUUUCCCCGAUAUCUAACGAAGAUGCAUCCGGUGAUGUUGCCCCGCUUUUAUCGCCAAAUACGAACCCCGAUAACCUGGCUAGUCCGUGGAUAGAACUAGACAGUACAUUCUCUCCGGUACCAAACUAUAAGAAACCCGAAGACUCUGGCGGAUCUGUAUUAUCCAAUGCCAGUACAAUGGCCGCAUACGGUGACGAAGACGAAAAUAGUGUAGAUUCUGGAAUUAUGCAUUUAUUUGGUACAUCCGACGCUACAGAAAACGAAAAUAGCAAAGAUGCAUCGGAAAUGCCAUGUUUACCGUCCCAAUCACCAUUACAUAUCCCGAGAAAAACGUGUAAGCGUAAAUUAUUGUUAUGUCCAAUAGAACAAGAACCGAAGAAAGCGGCUGUGGAAUUUGACGACGAAGAGCUCCCCAUUUCCGAAACUGGUCAGCAAGUGAGUCAAAGGAGCGAUUGGAUAACUCAGUAUUUGAAGAAGGUAGAGGCCUGGGAAGAAAAGAAGGCGGACGUAUCAAAAAGAAAAACAUCGUCGACACUAGAUGUUAGCGGGGAAAAAAUAAAUUUAUCCAAAAAGAACCGACAGAAUGCCGUGAUAUCUAUACCUUCCGCGAAAAGAUCAGACAUAGAACUAUCUGAGUGUACAGAACCAGAAAAUAGCGGGACGGAAUCCGCGGAUACAGAAUUUGGAGAUCUUGACGAAAGUGAAAAUGAGUGUUCUCAAAAAACAUUUUCAUACGACGACACGUGUAGUAUUCAGAGAAAACGACCGUGGGCGGCAGACGGCGAUGAAAGAGACGACGACAGGUGGAGUAUUCAGAGAAAACGACCGUGUGCGGUAGACCGCGAUGAAAGAGACGACGACAUGUGUAGUAUUCAGAGAAAACGAUUGUGUGCGGUAGACCGCGAUGAAAGAGACGACGACAUGUGUAGUAUUCAGAGAAAACGACCGUGUGCGGUAGAUAGCGAUGAAAGAGUCGAAAAGUUGACGGACAAACGCGUGAAAAGAAUCAGAUUCGAAAACGAAGACUAUACAUCAAGUUCCCAUGGCAACGGUUCAGAUGAGGAUGGCAAAACUGCUUGUGCCAUGUAUCUGAAAGGGAUGUCUAUCAAGAAAAUAGCAAUGGACCUAAAUAAAACAGGACAGUGGGUAAAUAAUUGGGUUUGUAUCGGUGAGGAGAAGAUAAAUAAAAAUAACAAUAAUACUGGUGACUAUGAUCUUGCUAAGAAUGACAGGAAACGAGCCUAUGAGAUGCAUUUAGCGGGGUUAUCUAAUACACAAAUCAUGAAAGAACUUGAUAAAUCACGUGCUUGGGUCAUAAAGUGGAUCAAAGAGGGGAAAAACUAUAAUGGUCAGCAUGCAAAUGAUAAAUCUAGAAAUGUGUGUGAUGAAAACAACCUUUGCACACACAAUGGAAAGAAAAAGUGUCAGUCUGUGAACUCUGUUCGAUUAGAAAAUAUUAGAAGGCAGAAGAGGAAGAACCUUAAGGCAAAAGCUUUAUUAAGUAAAGCCAAAGGGAGAUUCUUAUUUGACAUUCGAACCAAUAAGGUAUCUAACUCUGAAUCUAUGUCAUUCAGUGACGUAAACAAAGAAGAUAAAACAAGACAGGGGGAAGACAGCCUGCCCAUCAACAAGACUGAUAAGCAUUUUAAAAAAAAUGACCAAAUUGGUAUAAAACGAAAACGAGGUCGACCACCAUCAAAUAAAAAGGACAAGAAAAAAGUGUGGGACGUGCCGUUGUUUGAACUCUCUCACGAGAAACAGGUUGAGAAAGCAGAAUCUCUGCGAAAUAAGGGAUGCACUACCCCCGUGGUUGCUAAGCGAUUGGGGUGCUCGCAUUCAUACGCCUCAAUAUUGCUUUGUUCGGGAGUUCUUGAAAAUCAAACCCCAUCAAUGCAAACUGAAUCAGCAUCAAUUAUUGCGGUGAAAAAGAGACUUUGCAAAGCAGAACCAAGAAUACACCUUAUUAGACAUAAACUUUCGGAGGGCGUGACUACAGUACAGUUGCAUGAUGUUGAUUAUGUACCUAUAUUACAGAUAUCAUCAUUACAAAUUUUGAAUACCCCUCACUGUCAUAUGCCAUUUGGAGGGUUUUGUACCAGACAAUCUGCUAGCCGUGCACCUAAACCAGAUUCUGUCAUGGCAAGUACCACUACUAUAUUACCUUGUCCCGUUAUUGGCACAACCAAAUUGUCAGAUUCCACAUGGGAUGGCAUCAUUUUAGUCACUGAUAAAUUGUCUAAUCUUGAUGACAGUUUUGAAUUCUUAAAGAAACCAUUAGAGAAGCUUAAACAGAUUGAUGAAGCGGUUGAGAAAGAGACAGUAGUUGCCAGCCUCAAUGGCCACCCCGCAAAGAGAGUUAUAUUUGCACCAACAGGACCAUUAGAUCGGGACUAUGACGAUGUAAGAAGGUUUGCUGAAGCUGCUGGUAACGGACUCAAGAGGUGGCUUAAAAGCAAAAUAAUAUCACCAUUACUUGUAUGUCCAGUAAAUAAAUCUUUUAAAGAAGCUCCAUUGGUGUCCGCCUUGGCCACACUCCAUAAUCUUUAUGUACCAUUGGAAGUUCGUGAGGCAAGUCAAGAGAAAUCCAGCAAAGCUGAUAGACUUGGAGUCUGGUCAGAAACAAAGGAAGAAAAUGACAGAAUUACAAAAUUGUGUGUAGCUGUAGAAAGUGGAAGAUUGGUUGCCCGUGAUAUUGGUGGAUCAGACCCUGAGCGUAUGGCACCUCCUAAAGUGGAAGAAUAUGUGAAAGCACUUUUCAAGAAUUCUCCAGUUAAUGUUGAAGUGAUCUCAGACCCGGAAACUUUAGCAAAAGACUACCCAUUACAUGCUGCUGUUGAUAGAUGUGCAAGUCAUAUAGACAGACAUCGAGGUAGGAUAUUGGAACUGGAGUAUAAAGGAGAGGGAAAUAUUGAGAAUACACUAUUACUGGUUGGAAAGGGUGUGACCUAUGACACUGGUGGUGCUGAUAUUAAACAUGGUGGGACAAUGGCAGGAAUGCACAGAGAUAAGUGUGGUGCAGCUGCCGUGGCCGGAUUCUUCCAAGUGUUGUCAUCACUGAAACCUAAAAACAUCAAAGUUAUUGGAGCGAUGAGUAUGGUUAGGAACAGUGUUGGAGCUGAUGCUUAUGUGUCUGAUGAGAUCCUGACAUCACGUGCUGGUGUGCGUGUACGAAUUGGUAAUACUGACGCUGAAGGACGAAUGGCUAUGGCUGAUCCUCUCUGUAAAAUGAAAGAUUUGGCUUUGGGUGAAGUAAAUCCACACAUUUAUACUAUUGCUACGCUAACUGGACAUGCUGUAAGGGCUAUGGGACCAUACUAUUCAAUUGUACUUGAUAAUGGACCUGCUCAGAAGAAAAAGCAUGCUGAACUCUUACAAAAAGCUGGAGAAAAUGUUGCUGAUCCAUUUGAAAUAUCAAGAAUCAGAAGAGAGGACUAUACCUUUCAUGAGGGUAAAUCUGAAUAUGAGGAUGUCUUACAAUCUAACAAUGCUCCAUCUACCAUGACAUGCCGAGGACAUCAAUCACCUGCUGCAUUCCUUAUUAUGGCAUCAGGUCUUGAUAAGCAUGGAUGCAAUUCUAGUAAUCCACUAUGCUAUUCACAUCUGGAUAUUGCUGGUUCUGCUGGUCCAUUUCCUGGAACACCAUCUGGGUUCCCAGUUGUUGCAUUGACUGCAAAGCACCUGUUUUCUUUAGUAUAG